AUGAGCUUUAGCGAUGAUGGUGCGUUUGCCCAUGGCUUCGAUUCUUUCUUAUUGGCUUCUUCCAGUCCUCCGCUACCUGCAGAUCCACCUCUAGCCGACACGACAUGGACGCCAAGCAUCACUGAGCAUCCCUCAUCUGAUGGAACAUUGGGCCCAAUUGGGCUUUAUGGGGAAGGACUUGACUUGCUGCAAGACUAUUCAGACAACUUUGGGCUUGCAUGCAUAGAGCAAGUGAACUUGGUAGAUACUGAGCAGAUGACUGUUGACAUGCCAGACGAAUUGUACAUUCCUACAGUACUGGAUACCGGCAUCUCUGUUCAAUCAUUCCAAAACCCCGAUCACAUCUCAGAAGACGUUCCUGUCGUCGAAAACUCUGUGGAAAUUGAACAGUUGGAGUUAGGCUGCCUACGGUCAAGUUCUGGUGCCAUGACCAGCAACAAUGGGAAAAGACAAACGGACGCUGAGCCAAUAUCACACAACACAGAUCCUUUGAAUGAUCCUUUUCUCUUGGCUAGAAUCGUUGACUUGGAGGCAAAGAUAGAUGAACUGCUGGAAUGGAAAGCUCAACAGACUAAAAGAGGAACCGAGCUGAAGGGAAUGAUGGAUGAGAUUUUGGGACUGCUGCACGACCACGAAAGAAGGUUGGACUUGGACAAAUAG